AUGUCCGAUUCGCUCGUACCAGAGACACGGGUGCUGGCAGUUGCCAGUCAUGUGGUCUAUGGCAAUGUGGGAAAUACAAUGGCCGAGUUUGUAAUGCAAUCUUUGGGUUGUGAUGUCGCAGCUCUAAAUACAGUGCAUUUCAGCAAUCACACUGGAUAUCGACAAUUCAAGGGUACUCGUGCCACCGCCCAAGAAAUUACAAACUUAUAUGAGGGCCUGCAGCAGAGCAAUCUUACCGACUUUGAUAUGAUGCUCUCCGGUUACGCACCAAGCGCGGCAGCGGUGGAGGCCGUUGGUGCUAUUGGAAUCGAUCUACAGAGCAAGGCAAAGUCUAAGCCUGGAUCAUUUUUUUGGGUCCUUGACCCAGUGAUGGGAGACCAAGGUCGUUUAUAUGUUAAUGACGAUGUCGUACCAGCUUAUAAGAAGAUGAUUCAUCAUGCAGAUUUGAUUUUACCAAAUCAAUUCGAAGCUGAGGUACUCUCGGGCAUCAAGAUCACCUCUUUAGCCACACUCGCCGAGGCCAUCACCGCCAUUCACCGUAUAUACGGGGUUCCUCAUGUCAUUAUCACCUCAGUCCAACUAUUCAAGUUAUCUCAAUCGGGCUCCACUCCCAGCACACCGGAUAACUACCUAACAGUAAUUGGCUCCACAACCCGCUCUGAUAGCUCACCGCGCCUCUUCCGCAUCGAUGUCCCAGCUCUGGAUUGCUUCUUCAGUGGAACGGGAGAUAUGUUUGCCGCACUGAUGGUCGCCCGACUACGUGAGGCCAUUGACGCUGCGGGGCCAGACCUGCGGAGUACUGCGUCCUGGGUAUCACCAGAUGAAGUGGAACCUAGCUGUCUCCCAUUGGCCCAGGCUACCCUCAAGGUCCUGUCCAGUAUGCAUAGUGUUCUCGAGCGAACAAUGGAAGCCCGCAAUGCAGAGUUGGCUGUUGCUUCACCUACUCAAAAUGGAGAUUUGACCACCGAAGAGCAGCAGAAACAAGAGCAUCUGCGACGUACUAAAGCAGCAGAGGUUCGAUUAGUCCGAAAUGCUCGGUUUUUGAGAGACCCUCUGGUACAGUUCAGUAUUCAGGAGUGGUGCAAAGAGGACCUCCCUGUUUAG